AUGACAUCAGCUUGUGAAACACAAACGUACUUUUCUGGCCUCCAGAUUAACAAAGAUGCACCAUGUUUCCACCACCUGUUCCUAAAGAGUGAGAAGGCUGAGUCCCUAAAGAGGGACUGCUGGCUGAUUCCCAGGACUUUGGGCCUGGUCACCAAUGCUGGCAUCUCCAUCCCCACGGGUCCCAGUGAGUGGCUGAACAAACAGGACUUUGCAAGUGUGCUGGAUGUGAACCUGUUGGGCGUGAUCGAGGUGACUCUGAGCAUGGUGCCCUCAGUGAGGAAGGCGAGGGGCCCCGUGGUCAACAUUGCCAGUGUCAUGGACCGAGUCUCUUCCUUUGGUGGUGGUUACUGCAUCUCCAAGUAUGGUGUAGAGGCCUUCUCAGACUCCCUCAGGAGAGAGCUCUCCUAUUUUGGGGUCAAGGUGGCUAUUGUAGGGCCUGGCUUCUUCAGGACCAAUAUGUCCAACAGUGCCAUAUUAUCAUCAAACUUCCAGAUGCUGUGGGACGAGACCAGUUCAGAAGUCAGGGAAGUCUAUGGCGAGAACUACCUGGCAUCUUGUCUGAUAAGGCUAAAGAGAUUAGACCAGAGGUGCAGCAAGGACCUGUCUCUGGUGACUGCCUGUCACCCUCGCACCCGGUACUCAGCUGGUUGGGAUGCCAAGAUCAUCUACCUCCCCAUGAUCUACGUGUCCACCUUUCUUGUGGAUGCCUUUGUCUACUGGACUUCUCCAAAGCCUGAGAAAGCCUUGUGA